AGAGACCUGCGGUUCCAUAGCAAUGUUUGUUUGGCGUCGCCUCCUCUAUCCUCUCUCGAAAAGGAUGAUCUAUAAACGCCGUCAACUGUUCCUAACAACAGUUCUGACUGUGUCUUUGUUUACUGUUCUGCACCUGAACCUGGCACAGCGCAUUUAUUCCGGUGUAACAGCCUUUAGUUACAUCGAGCCGUUGACAAAGACCACAGUCGCCGUCCACCACAACUCCAAGUAUGACGGGCACACCGCUGACGUCACGGCCUGCGUCGUCGAACCGUCUCUCACAUACUGCGACGGAGUCGGUUUUGGCGCCCUCGUUUUGCAGACAAUCGACGAUAUCACAACCUGUCUGGCUCAAGGCUUCACUCCUACUGUCAUUUGGACGGAUUGCGAUGUCUGCGGGCCGCCUGGACAUGGCAAGAAUUACUGGACAUGGUACUUCGAAGCUGUAAACGAAGGCAUAGAACAGAGCACGAAGACUCGUGUGUGCGUCAUGCCUGGAAUUUACAAUGUAGUCAACAAAUCGCCAUACCUGACUCGACGAGGAGCAGUUGGCAAGUUGGUAGAUUUCCGGUUUGCCGACAUGGAACACAAGGUGACAACAUACAUUCAGCCAAUCACAGCAGAGACUCGUGCUCUUGUCAACCACGUCAUAUCCGGUUACGUCAAGCCUGCUGCCCGAUUUCACAACACCGUGAAUGCUUUCUAUAAAUCCUUUAUGGCGGAAACUGUCAACAUAGGUGUCCAUGUGAGACUGGGGGGAGACCACAUUGAAGAGAUGAGCGAGGAGUUCGGGCAGAAGACACCAGACCUCGAGGAUUUCGUACGAGUUGUACGUCAGCUCAUCAAAAAUGCAACGCCAACGGCAACAAAUGCUGGGAAAGAGCUCCGCAUAUUUCUGGCUUGUGAUAUCGACGAAGUUAUGGGGGUGUUCAAGGCCGAGUUCGGAGAUGACAAAGUCUUGAACAUCCAAGCUGCUAGGGGAGAUGAUUUAAAGCUUAAGGAAAAGGACAAAGAUUCCGCGCGUUCGAGAGGUGAUAAGGUGUUCACUGAUAUCUUGCUGCUGUCUAAGUGCGACUAUCUUGUCCAUGACGAGUCGAGUGUGGCAGCCGUGGCGUACUACUUCAACCCGAACCUCAGAUCUUUCUUUGUCAGCGGAGACUCCGCGGACCACAGGCGGCUGAACGCGAAACCUCGGUUUGAUUCUCAGGAGCUCCUUCGUCAGGCCGCUGUUAGAAAGACGAGCAACAUCCGGGACAUUUCCCUUGGGCAUGACUGGCUUUGGGUCUGGUGGAAAACUAGGAGCUUGCUACUGUGGGGCAUUUUUGGACCAGACUCAGACAGUUUGUUCAGUGACGUUAAAUGUUUUUACAAGAAUGUGAGACAGAGCAGGUGUAGGAAAGAGUUUGCAAGUCUUCAGCCUGACAGUAAAAGACUGAAAGAUCUGAUGAACUUGAACUGGGAAUAUCAACCCAAACAUGAUGUUUAGGAUGCUACGGCGUCUUGUUUUAUGAGUUACGGCUAGUGCUAGACGGACCGUUAAAAAUUCAGUACUAUAAUAAAGUAAAUGUCACAAAGCAGGCCUAAAAU